CUAACUCGACGUUGGUCCUCUGUUGAAUUAAUGACAUCAUUCGGGCUGCUGUCUGUCUCCAUCUGCGACAUGACACCUUCAGACAGUAACGGUUAGACGUUAAUUUACGGUCUGCCGUUAAACUACACCCGGUGCAGAGUGAUGCAGCAGAAGUUGUGUUCCAGAGGUUCUGGUUCUUUCCUCUUGGAGAGGAACGGGCAGGCCUGCGGCGCCGGCACUGACUCCAUCACUUCCUGCGACCUUCCUUUCCGCUGCCCCCGCUGCGGUGAGCAGGAGCGUUUCCGCAGCCUGGCUUCGCUCCGCGCCCACCUGGAGUACCGCCACUCGUACCGCUCGCCGGACGUGAUCACCGGUGGCUUCAGCAUCACUGGGAAACUCCCCGACCCUUUGACAGCGGCGAUUCCCUGGCACGACAUGAGCCUGCCGACCCGCAGGGGGCAGCAGAGCGCGGGGAGGCCGCCUCAUGCACGCUCCCUCAGUGACAGCAGAGACAGCGGAUACCUCCAUUCCUACAGCUCAGUGAGGCGGCGCACCCAGAGCGUUGGGGUGGGGACGCAGGCCGAGGAGGAGGAGGAGGAGGAAGAUGAAGAGGAAGGGGUCACAGAAGAUGAAGAUGUAGGAGAAGAGGAUGAGGAGGAAGACAAUGGUGAAGAGAGAGAUGGAGGCAGAAAUGGGGAAGAUAUCAAAACAUCGACUAAAAAGUCAGAUGCAGGCCACCACCACCUCAACCACUAUCACUUCCCGUUCCCUCCUCUGGCUCCUCUUGACCCCCCCCCUGACCCGGACCCGGACCUGGGCCUGGUUGAGCAGAACUCCUACUCGGGUUUGGAGACAGCGGCGGCCUCGGCCGCGGUGCGGCGGCGACUGGCCAGCAUCCUGCGGGCGGCCGACAGCACCAUGCAGCGCCGGCUGGCCAAGGUGAGCACGGAGCUGGCCCAAACCGACACGGAGCUCCUGUGUGAGCGUGCUCACUCGCAGCACCUGGCCCAGGAGAGGCAGGAGGUCGCAGAGCGGGAGAGGUCGUUGAGCCGGCAGGUGGACGUGGCUGUCAUGGUGAUCGCGGCGCUGAGGGAGCAGCUGAACGCCUCAGAGAAUGAACUGGAACGACGAGAGAGGGAGGUGAUAACCAUCCAGAGGUUUCUAGAAGCAGCAGCUCGACAGGAGACGUGCGGUAAAGUUCGAAUCCAGCGUUUCAUCGAGAACCUGCUGAGACGCAUCGCUCUGGCCGAGAGACUGGUGGAGUAUUACCAGGUUAACGGCAGUCCGCCACAGUGCAACCACUACAAGCAGCACCAGCAGGAAACUGAUAAUGGACCUCACAGAAUUACGAAAAGCAGGUCAGCGGGAGGUCAGCUGUCCUCGUCCGGUCUCCAUGACAACAGGACCCAGUCCUCCUCCCAGUUCGGCAGCCGUCCUCCGUUCUCCAAACCAGGCGGGGAACGAGACCGGGAGCGGGAGCACCGGGAACGGCUGGCCCAGUCAUCCAGGCUGUUCUGCCGACCCGAACACAGAGACGACAUCUGGAACCACCAGCGCCGCCGGUCCGCCGGGUACGAGGCCUAGAACUGUAAGGAGACACCAGAGGGAGAGGACGUCAGCGGGUAAAACCUUCGAACACAGUGACUUUAUUCCAGCGUGGUAACCUGUGGAAAAGUACUGCAAAGGUCACAUUAAACUUAAAAGUAAUUCCUCCUCAGUCCAGUUUUCCAUUUAAAACAACACACUACACACACACACUCCAUUAGAUCACUGCAGUCUGUUACUUUGUCCUGAGGUGAACUCACAGAGCUCGAAUCCAUUUGUUUUGACCACAAACGUUUUGCCUUCAUACUGAAUGAGAUCAGGCGUCUGAGGGAAACUGACUGGAGCACUGUCACAGGGUUUAAGAACAGAAAGCAGUGAUCAGUUCUACUGUUUCAACACACUGGGAUCACACUGUAUUUAAGUACAUAAUAGUUUUUAUCGUAAGGUUUUUUUUUAUUGGCAACACUUUAUUGUGUUAUUUGUACUUUUCCAUAGAUUAUUUACCUGAAAUAAACCAUUGUAAAGAGUGAACACUGGGCUGUUUUCAGCAGGAUGUAACUGUGGCUGAACGUUCACUUUAUUCACAGAGGUGAAAGAGAAAUGAAACAAACGAUGUGUCAUCUCAGUCUUCAGUGCGUUCAGUACGUCCUGUAUUUUAGAGAAACUUCAGGAAACAAUGUGAUUUUGUAUUCACUGAUCUAAGAUCUGAUUACAGUUCAGCUCUCAUGAGGCAGUUUGAAGUUGAAGUUUUCUUCCUGAAGCAGUUGGACUGAGUGGAACUGGUUCCCAGUGAUGAUGCUGACUCGUCCUCUCCUCUGGUCCAACCUUCACGUCUCGGCCUGGUUCCCCAAAAGCUCCUGGUCAGUCCAGUUAUCUUCUCUCUGUCUGUGCUUUCAAGGCUAAAUGGCAUCGAUCGUUUGAUGGGGUGGAUUUUAAAAUCAUUAGCUGUGUCUAAAACAGUAAUUAAUGAUUUAAACGACAGAGUCAGGCACAUGUUUUGUACCUGAGACGGUAUGUUACCCUAACCCUCACCCUCCUCCCUGCUCACAUUUGGUUGGUUAAGCACAGACAGGAAGUUGAUGACACCAGACCUGGGUCAGAUGAACUUUGCAUAUAAUUCUUGGCUUUUGUAUAAAACAGGCUUCAGAUGUUAGAUGGUUGAGUUUCACUGCAUUAGGACCAGUUCAGUUACUGUCUGGUAAUUGUACAUAGAGAGAGAAAUGUUAGAUUUGUUGACUUGAAAAUACUUUAUUGUGGUUUUUAUUUUUCCAGGCAGUCGUGGUCCUUCUGUAUGUCACCCACCAGUCUGCUGCCAAAGCAGGAUUAAACCACUGAUGUAGUGGAGGGUAAACACAGAUAUACAAGAGUAUAUACAACAGGUUUACCCACUUUUUGUUUUGAAGAAUAUUCCACCAUCUUAUUUUCCAUCUGAGCCAGAGUCAGAUGAGAAGACAGACACCAGUUUCAUUUCUCUGCGUCCAGGACAAAGAGAGAUUCAGGGUGUGUUAGCCUAGCUUAGCAUAAAGACUGGAUGGAGGGGGAAUCUGCUAGCCUAGCUCCAUCGAGGUGAGAUGGAGGUGUCAAGUAAUUCCAGGGGCACUUUUGUUGACAAUAAGAGGAAUAUAGAUUAAAAAUAUAGAACAACAUCAGGUUUAUCCUUUAGUUAAAGCUUCUGAAAGCGUGAAUCAUUCCACCCUGACGUCAGUCUCUGUGCUAAAGACUGUGGAAAACUGCAGGAAUACCCUCCACUACAUCAGCAGAUAAAAGAAGCCAUGUAGAUGCAGGAGCAGCGUGGCCCAGCUCUGGAGGACACCGCACAUAUAACGAAUGUACUCUGAGUUAGCGUAUAGCUCAUACUGAAGAGGUGCCGUGUUUUAAGACCUGGAUCUGGCCUCGUCGUUCAGGCUUAAACUCGCACUCAUUCACACAGAAACGGGUGGAGAUUCUCCGAUCACAAACGAGCGGCGUCGCGUCAGCGCUUUCAUCCAAAGUGACUCUCAGUGCUGUGAACACGAUCAGUGCAUCUGCAGUAAACGACUCCCAGCGGCUUGUUGAACAGAAUCAUUCCUCUCUGCAUCGUCCUGUACGAUCUGUUUACACGUCCUUUUGCACUCAUCCAGUCAUAAGAAUGUACAUGUGAACGACGGUAUUCGGUGUAAAGUGUAUCUGUCGCUGGUUUAGGUUUCGUUGACAGUGUUCAUAGAUAUUUUGUAUACAAAGCUAUUACAUGUCGUCAAGUGGAAGCAGUAGUCCGACAGAACUUUAACUUGGCAGAACAUUUAUCUGGGUCACAAACACAAAUCAUGUCAAAUCAUUUUUUCUCUUUCAGCAGGGUGUCUGCAGGUCCUGGGAAGUCCUUAAAUUAUGUCAAGUAAAUUCAAGGCUUUGGAGUUUGUCUUUACACAGUUACAUAAUACAGAAGCCACACGUUGGUGUGUUGCUGCUCUGCUGUGGUUAUUCCACUCAGACUCUUCUGAUCAUCACCGUGAUCUUCUUCUUCUUUUCUUUGUUGAUCUUAUUUAAAUUUCUGAUUGGCGUUAAUAAGGUCAUUAAAUGUUUUAACUGGGAGUGAAUGGAACUUGCAGGCACCCUCCCUCAGACUGAGCAGCAGUGCUGUCCAUCACGAUUUCUUCCAAAUUUAUCGGAAGUUGCCAAUAUUUUUAAUCCAGAUGCUGAACUGUUUUUUUUUCAUCAGUUUAACGAAGUCAGAUUGAAAUAUUCGAAUUUCACUAAUACCUGAUGCUACGUGUUAAAUGGAAUAUAUACUGAAUAUAAAGUGUUAGUCAUCAGUUUUUAAAGGGGCCCUGAAACACUGAGGGGCCAACAUGAAUUUGGUCAGUUAUUACCUGCUUCUCGCCAAACUGCCCAGAGACGUGUGUGUGUGUGUGUGUGUGAUUAGACUCGGUGAGUUUAGACACUGAUGAUCUGAGCCUGAGUGUUUCUGCUGCUGUUGAUUAAAAACCCACUUUCUCUUCACUUUCCAGCAGCUGGAAGAACCAAGAACUGAUAAACACACCGGUUUAAACAGGUGCCACAGGAGUCACACACACACAUACACACACACACACACAUACACACACACAUACACACACACACACACACACACACACACACACACAGAGCUCGGUCAAUCAGUGGCUCUGUGUUAACUAAACAAAUAAGAAAAUGUUCAGUGAUGGAAACUCGUAGUCGUGUUUUGUUAGUUUCAGUUUUUUUGACUUUGAAAUUCUUCUAAAGGUGAAAAGCAUCGCUCUGCUGUGACUCUGCAGAUUUCAGUCCUGGUACCUGUGGCUACCUGCUCUGCUCCGCUUAUUGAAGCCAGGUGUCUUAUUUACCUGGCGUUUAAAGAACGUGCUGAUCACAGUUUGAUGUUUCACUCUGAGGAAAAAACUAAAUUCGAGUCGUGAGGCUUUUAUGCAAACAGCAGCAGAACUGUGUGUGUGUGUGUGUGUCCGUGUGUGUGAGUUUCUGGUGCUCAGUCAUUGGAUGGUGGUAGAAGAUGCAUGAUGCAGCCCUACUACUACUACACAUGUAGCUGUUGUGUUACCGUGUUAGCAUGCUUCAUAUGUAGCCAACAAAAGCAAAGUACUUAUCUUAUCUUGUACUGUGUGUACCUUUGUAGCAGAGCGAGGUUUAUUUGAAUGGGAUUUGAAGGAGAGUUGCACUAAUCCAACCUCGAGCUCGGAGCUCGGAGCUCGGAGCUGCUGGCUUUGGUUUGAGGGGAGUGUUGUUUGCUGGACAAUCAGCAGGGUUCACACGCAGGCUUCGAAAAGUCCGGAAAAUACAUUUUAUUACUUCUGUGUUUGGAAAUGUUUUGGGGAAAAUGUGGAAGCACGCUGUGGAACGGAGCGAGAAGAGAGGCUGAGACGUGGGUGAAAACAUAACCAAGUAUUAACUGGAGUUAAUGUCAGUUUGAUUAUGACACUACUACCUUUGUUGCCGUGCGUCGGUAGAGAUAGAGUUAGUUUCAUGUUGUGUAAAACUGUUUCCGCGGCCAAGUUUAAUAUCCUUCAGUUCAUCAUGUGCGUCUGUAGGGACUUCAUUCGCAGAAGUUAAUCUCUAGUUUUGUGCCUUCACUCAAAAACUCUGUAGUCUGUAUAACACUGUGCGAAAUGCAAUACUGUGAAGCCCUGGAAUCCUUUUUAUGUUGAAACGUGUCGGUCUGUGUGAUAACGAUUAAAGAACAAACAUGACACCAGGAUUAUUACCGGAGUUAUCACUGGUCAUUACUGGCAUCGGAUUGUGUACUUUGCAUUUGAUUCAACCGUCGUUAAAUCAUCUGUACGUGUACACACAAUAAACAUACAGGAAACACACAGUAAACACACAGGAAACAUAGUCACCUGUACACUGCUGAAUCGGGGACUUGACACAACAGCAGCAACAUGAAAACAUUAUAUUAAAAACAAUUAGAGUAACUUAGUGUCGGGCUGUUUUAAUGGUGUUGUUGCAGUACCCACACACAGCCACUCGGUGUCACUGUUUAAAAACGGCCUGGGUUGCAUCAGGCUUCACACUGUUUUGGUUUUUGACCCUUCGGGGUUCGACUUCUUGUUCUUCACCGACCGAUUUCCAACAUUUCCCAGAAUUCUUGCUGUGAGCAGAGACGGUGGUUGUGACGGCAGACAGGGGACAGGCCUGAGUUUCUGUUCCCACACUGUCCUUUCUGCUGCUGCCACCAGGGGUCACCAGCGCCAGGCUUUUCAGUGGUGGGUUUGUGUGUUUGUGUGUUUGGAAUAUCACUGUCAGAUUAACAUCACACAGAGGAAGGAAAAUGUUUGUACCUCGUUUUCUCUGAUGAUCCUCGUGCAGCAGAGUCGACUGUGCAGGUUCAGGUUGAAUACACAACCACAGCUGAUGGAAACGUUAACGUUUGUUUGGUAGUGACACAAAAAUGUGUGUGUGAGUCAAGGUUUAUCACGUGGUGUGUAAAACUGUGACAGCAUCCAGAUUUAGUGACGAUGAUGAUGAAAACAGGACGUUCAUCAGCAGACACCCACACACCCACACACACAGACACACACAGACACACAAAACCCCACAUCAUGAUGACGACAGUGUCUCCACACUGGCUGUAUUUGCCAUCAGUUAUUAAUAUGACUGCACACACACACACAUGUAAGUUUGUCGUUUAUUAUUUGCAUCACAUUUGAGAACAAACAAGAUUUCUAACAUCUUUGUGUUUCAGUUUCAGUCACUGAGCAAAAUCCCCCACUUCACUUCAUAUCAGCUGAUAAAUGAAAGUGGAAAUAUGAACAUGCAUCAUUAAAGCAUCAGCUGUUAUCUGAUCUGAUCUGAGAGUAAACAUAUUAAAAUUAUAAAAACAAUUGUUCUCUCACUCCAGGUUAAAGUUAGAGAACUUUGAUCUAUGAUGUGAAAUUAUUAUUUCUAUACUUAAGACUAUAACCGUGUUACCUGUACCUGUUAUCACCUGAGGGCAGACGGGCACAGGUAAGAUGAA